UCUUUGCAGCUUUGAAACUCAGAGAAGAAGGAAAAUCCAUUGAGAACAGUCUGUAAAGGGAGGAGACUCGGCUUGAGCAUCCCUGUGAGGAAAAUAAUCAUCAUCCCCCUCAGGGUUCCAGGAAGCUUCUUUGCGGCUCAGGUCAGGGUGGCCCUGCAGACAGCACUUGCUUCUCCCGAUAAAGCAAAUUGUGAAGAAAUAUUCAGCUAUUACCUGCACUCUGCCUGUCUCCUGCUUGAACCUGAGAUUCUUCCAGUAGGUUGCGUGGACGCUCAUUUUUCUUAAACGCCUGUCUCGUCUGCCUAGCAAGGGUGUUACCUAUUAUGGUUUUCAAUGAAGAAUGUAGGAGUAACUGAGACCACAAAAUAAGGCUUCAACUGUGAAGAAAUGUCAUUCCGAUUUGGCCAACACCUCAUCAAGCCCUCUGUGGUUUUUCUCAAGACAGAACUGUCCUUUGCUCUUGUGAACAGGAAACCUGUGGUACCAGGACAUGUCCUCGUGUGUCCCCUUCGGCGGGUGGAGCGUUUCCGAGACCUGCGUCCCGAUGAGGUGGCGGAUUUGUUUCAGGCGACCCAGAGGGUCGGGAUGGUGGUGGAGAAGCAUUUCCAGGGGACUUCUCUCACAUUUUCCAUUCAGGAUGGGCCUGAAGCUGGACAGACUGUGAAGCAUGUUCACGUCCACGUUCUUCCGAGGAAGGCUGGAGACUUUCAAAGGAAUGACAGCAUCUAUGAUGAGCUCCAGAAACAUGACAAGGAAGAGGAGGACGCCCCAACCUUGUGGAGGUCUGAGGAGGAAAUGGCAGCAGAAGCCGCCACCCUGCGGGCCUACUUUCAGUGACUGUGCAGGCAUGAAAGUAACUUGAACAAAUCCCAAGGCAUAAGGAAAUGGGCCUCAUUCUCUAGGACUCUGCGGCAUUGGAAAUGAAGCUAAGCAGACUUUAUUACAUCCUACAAUUCUGCAACCUUUUGCGAAGCAUUUUAUUACACUUGUGGAAGCCAUCGGGGUUACGUUUCAAUCACGAUGACUGACAGGCUAACUUCAAAAAUAACAGCAUCGACAGCCCUUCCACACUUCCUGGGCUAUGUACUUAGAAUAGAACCUUUUCUAAAUUGUCCCUUGGCCUGGAUGGAAAUAAAACGGUAGUUAAAAUA